CAACAACAAGAACAAGAACAACUACGCUAACAACGAGAACGGCAACAAGUGUUAGGACCUCCAUUAUCCCAACCAUUCACACUGCUCUAGGCUGGCGCAGUCAAUCAGCGGCAGCUGGCGGCGCACAGCAUGGUAAAACACAAUGCGGAAAUUGUGAAAACGGAAAAUGGCACCAAUACGAUGGCGGCGGCAACGACGACGAUGUCGGUAGUAAAAGCCAGCGGAAAUGCAGUGCAACCGAUGAAAAUGACAGCAACAACGAAAAAAAUGAUGGACGCAUUGUCGGCGGCAUCGUUGGACGAUUUGAGUGAACAUGAAAAUGGCACAACGGCUGAGGAUAUACAUCUGAACGAUUUGUAUACACGCUAUCGCCAGAGGCUGCGCAAGUCGCUAUUUAGAUCAGGAUUACUAACCUCACUCUUGGCCUGCGUGGUGUCCAUAGUAAUUGGCAUCGUUUACGAGCAGCACCUGGUGCAAACUUUACUCUUGGCCUUGGCUGCCUUAAUCUCUGGCUCUAUACUGACGGCCCUACAAUUUCCGGCGGUGCUCAGUUCCCCAGCUGCUGCCUUGGCCUUUGCCAUUGUCACCACCUUCUCGUUGGGCACGAUUGCGGCCAUUACGGGCGAUGAGUUGGCUCCCCUGCCUAUGUAUGCAUUGUUUCUGGGCAUCCACACAAUGUUGCCCAUAUCCUGGCCUGUCUCUGUGGUCCUCGCGUUAUUUAUGACGGCCAUCCACAUCGUUUAUAGGAUUGGCGCUAGUCCUGAAUAUACGCCCAAUUUACCAAUGCUUUUCGGCGAGAUUGUGAUGCUGGCCAGCGCAUCCGUUUCCGGUCUCUAUUAUCGCAUCAUGUCCGAUGCUGCACACAAUCGCACUGUCGAUGGCACUCGGACAGGCAUUGAGCAGCGCGUCAAAUUGGAGUGCGAAAGGGAACAACAAGAGCAGCUGCUACUUAGCGUUAUACCCGCUUAUAUAGCUGCCGAGGUAAAACGCAGCAUUAUGCUAAAAAUGGCCGAUGCCUGUCAACGUGCUGGAGGUCAGGCUUCCACUUCGGCAACACGUUUCCAUGAAUUGCACGUGCAACGGCAUACAAAUGUCACCAUUCUCUUUGCGGAUAUUGUCAACUUUACACCAUUAUCCUCAUCACUGACUGCCAGUGAUUUGGUUAAGACACUCAACGAUCUCUUUGGUCGCUUCGAUCAGAUUGCCCAGGAGAAUCAAUGUUUGCGUAUCAAGAUUCUGGGUGAUUGCUAUUACUGUGUGUCCGGUCUGCCCAUAUCUCGACCCCAGCAUGCCAGCAAUUGUGUCAACAUGGGCCUCCAGAUGAUCGAUGCCAUCAGACACGUGCGUGAGGCGACCGGCAUAAAUGUUGACAUGCGAAUUGGCAUCCACACUGGCAAUGUACUCUGCGGUGUCCUUGGCCUACGCAAGUGGCAAUUUGAUGUUUGGAGCGAUGAUGUUACCCUGGCGAAUCACAUGGAGAGCGGCGGUGUGGCUGGACGCGUUCAUAUCACAAAGCAAACUUUGGACUUUCUGGGCGACAAAUUCGAGGUGGAGCAGGGCGAAGGAGGCAAUCGUGAUGCCUAUUUGGCAGAUCAUAAAAUUGAAACGUAUCUCAUUGUGCCCCCCAGGCCCGCCUAUACGUACAGUGUUCCCCGCGUUGUGGAAUGCAUCGAACAGAAUGAUCCCAGUCCCACACAUGAGAAUCCACACGGCAAUGUGGAUGUUGUCGACGGUUCGAUUACUGUUUCCAGUCCGCCCAAUGAACCAAACGAUGUCACCGAGAAACUUUUGCCCCACGAGAAGACUGCCAGUUCUCCAGUACCGUCUAUUGGGCCCCUAAAUGGCCACGAUGGCAGCGAGAAACUGUCACCCACCUCGAUUAAUAGUCAAGAGGGGGCCCCCCUGCAUGCUCCGCUUGCCUCGACCGCAUCCAUGUCGAUCAAAGAGCUAUCCGAAGAGGAGGAAGACGCCGAAGCUGAAAUCAUAGCUGAUGCCGAUGCCGAGGCAGAACCUCUUGUGGUCAAAGAAUUGGAAAAGGAAAUGAACAACGAACAAUUGGGCCAACCAAAUGGCCAUCAUCAUCAGCAGCAGCAUCGUGGCAGUGGCGACUCUGCCGCCUCGGAAUCUGGUGGCGUCAAAUCGGCGGCUCUUUCACUGCCACCCGAUGAUCUGCUCAGCAUGAGUGGCAGUGAAAGUGGCAUAUCGAAUAGUGGUGCCCAUCCUGGCUCAGCCAAUGCGGCGAAUCUCACACCCACAACUGCUGCAGCAGCUGGAUACGGAGCAGGAACAACGGGCACAUCAACGUCAAUGGCAGGAACAGGGACAGGAACUGGGGCGAAUAGUUUAAUGGUAGCUGAGGCUCCCGAGCGCUCAAGGCGCAAGUUAUCUGUGCAAGGUCUCAUGUCCUUUGCCGACAGACGUCGCUCCUCUGGCGCCUUCAUCGAGGGACGCAAACUGUCCAUUCACAGCGGUGAAAGUUUUCGCAGUCAUGGAGGUCAUGUCACACGUAAUCGUCCCUCAUCGAAGAUGACAAAAUAUGUUGAGUGCUGGGGAGCGGAUCGACCUUUUGCCAAUAUUGCCGAAUCGAAGCUGGUGAAAAACAUUGGACUGGCGAGUAUAGCCAUGAUUGAAUCAAAUUUAUUGCCACCAGAGCGUAAAUGUUUCAAUUUUAAUUUCUUUGGACCACCAACUGAGCUGAAGCCGUUGACCAUGUGGUAUCGCAAUACGCCCCGUGAGGCCAUGUACCGUGCCCAGCCGGAUACACAUUUCCGUUACGAUCUGAUAUGCGCCUUUGUCCUCUUCCUUUCGUUGGCCGUUGUGCAGCUAAUUGUAAUUGAAUUAAAUCUGGCAUUACUCGGCUCACUGUUGGCCAGUUUCAUAUCGUUGGCUCUGUUUCUCUAUUUGAGCAAUAUGUCAGUGCCGGAUGUUCAUGCCUCGGCCACAGAACGCAAUGGUCCUGGUCAGGUGGUGGCUAGUAGUCGCUACUUGAGAUUGGCCAUGUUUCUCAUUGUCAGCAUUCUUAUCUCAUCGUGUGCCGUAUUCAGUGUGAUCAAUUAUUCGUUGCCCGAGGAUGUGACAUAUAGGGCCGACAAUGGCUCAAUUAUUGCCAGCAAUUUUACCAAUGAUUUUAAUAAUACAUCUGACAUAUUGGAGGAUCAGCAACCGGCGUAUAUUGCCCGUGCCAUACCAAUAGCUCCAAUAUUUCUAUGCUGCUGUGCGGUCAGUUUGGCUGCCAUUUCGGCAUUUCUGCGUUCGGGUUUUAUACUGAAACUAAUUGCCAUGCUAAUCGCAUUGAUUGGACAAGUCACAGUGCUUAGCUACAGUGAUCUAUAUACUCAAUAUAAUCUAAAAGAGAUUGAAUAUGGCCUACCAUUGGAAAUUAAAGGUUUUCUCUUACUUUUGGUGGUCAUCUUGGUACUACACACUUUGGAUCGUCAGGGUGAGUAUGUGGCACGUACUGAUUUCCUAUGGAAGGCCAAGCUCAAGGUCGAACAAGAGGAGGUGGAGACAAUGCGGGGAAUUAAUAAGAUCCUUCUUGAGAACAUUCUACCUGCUCAUGUGGCAACACAUUUUCUGCAUUUGGAGCGGUCAACAGAAUUGUAUCAUGAAAGUUAUUCCUGUGUGGCAGUUAUGUUUGCUUCUAUACCCAAUUAUAAGGAGUUUUACGAUGAGACCGAUGUCAAUAAACAGGGUCUAGAGUGUUUGCGUUUAUUGAAUGAAAUCAUUUGUGAUUUUGAUAAGUUACUUUUGAAACCAAAGUUUAGUGGCAUUGAAAAGAUCAAGACUAUAGCCAGCACAUAUAUGUGUGCAUCUGGUUUGAGGCCUGGAAAAGAGGAUGGUGCCACGACCCGUAGCUUUGCGGAUGAGAAACGCACUGAGGAGCACAACGUUGUCAUAUUGGUUGAAUUUGCAAUUGCUUUGAUGUCCAUAUUGGAUUCAAUUAAUCGCGAAUCAUUCCAACGAUUCCGUUUACGCAUUGGUCUCAAUCACGGCCCAGUAAUUGCCGGAGUUAUUGGAGCACAAAAGCCGCAAUAUGACAUUUGGAGUAAUACCGUAAAUGUUGCCUCCCGCAUGGAUUCCUGCGGUGUAAUGGGAAGACUUCAGACCACAGAGAAUACUGCAAAGAUAUUGAUGGCCGCUGGCUAUGAAUGCGAAUGCCGUGGCCUCACCUACGUUAAGGGCAAAGGCAAUCUAGUCACUUACUUCGUAAAGACACCAUUUGAUGGCAAAUUGUAAAUUCAUGCAAAUUGUUUCUAACUAGCCAGAAGAACUUAUUUACUCUGGACUCGCGUUUCCUUAAAUCGGCUACUUUCUUGAUGUCAAAUAUCGAUAAUUUAGUGGUCUGUAAAUUAACUAGAAAGAGCAACUUCUAGCUCUUUUUGAGCAAAUUGAGAGAUCUUCAUUGGUGAGAUCCUUUAGCCAUGAUGAUCGUUAUGGUUGCCUUUUCUAGUUAACGCACACACACACACCUACAUACAUACAUACAUAUGUAUAUCAAAACUAUGAUAUUUAUGCCAGCUUAAAAUAGAUAACCAAAAAAAGAAGAAGAAAAAACACACUCACACAUACAUACAUACAUA